UGGGUGGGAAUGUUGAGGCCCUUCGCGUACCCCUCCUUUUGUCCUCAGAACGCCAGGCUUGUGGUAGGUGCUGGACCUUGUCUUCGAGCGUGAGAGGCGGGACCACCAUGGAGGGCCCUGCUAAUGCUGAGGGUGGUCCAGAAGGACACGAUGGAGAUAAUCGUGUGGGAGGUGGCCCUGCAUACCCUACAUUUGUUGGAGGCCAGGAAGGUGCAGGAGAAGAAUGUGCUAAUGGCAGGGAACAUCCUCAAGGGGAGGGAGCGGUACAGGGACCAGUGCCGGGUGGAGAUGCCUCAGCCGGAGUCACUGAGCAGAAACCACUGGAGUUGCACCUCACGGUGCCUUUCUGCUAUUCUUUGGAUGCUGAGAUUGCCUACUUGCACCUGAGCCCAGUAGCUGGGUCCCUUCCUGAAGGAGUUCACAUGGAGAUCACUGUGGAUGGCAAAGUCCUGAAUAUCCUGUUAAUUGCGGAAAAUUCCCACCUUCUAGAGAUUUGUAUUUCUGCCUUGCUGCACCAGCUCUGCACCGUGAUUCCCGUAUUUGGCAAUUACCAGACUUAGUCUCUGGACAAGCUUUGGCUGGAAAAGAGGAUUCGGUUUUCUUCAUGUAUCCCCCACCCCCCAGGCAGUCCAUCCUUCCCUAGGGUAGGGAUUCCUGAGGUGCCCUGACACUUUAUUUAAUUCUCUAGAUGGCCCUCUGUUGCGUAAAUGUUUGUUC